UCAUAACGCAACCGGAAAGUGUGCAGUGUAAUCAUGACUCAGUCCAUAAAGUAGAGCAAUAUGUGUUUAAUAAAUAAUAAUUAAAACGGAGAUAAUGUACCGAGUCGGAGUCACCUGCUGCGUUUUAACGUUUGGACAUACCUGACGUUUGAGGACUGGUCGCUGUAAGUCAGAAGGAGUUUUAUUAGCUCAGAGCGAACAUGGCUGCGCCUUCAGGACCGAGAGGAUCUUCAGCCUCCAACCUGUCCGGGUUUGAAGGUUUUCCCUUCCCGGUUGUCGGGAAACCACCCGAGGAAAGUUCGAGUAAAGAGCAGGAGCAGAGUGGGGAUGUGAAAAAGAAGCCAUGCAGGGCUUGUACGGACUUUAAAUCGUGGAUGAAGGUCCAGAAGAAACAGGCGGCAGCUGCUGUACAGGACACCAAAGCUGCAGAGACAGAGCCACAACAAGACCCUCAGUGUCCACUAGACAGGGAAGAGUUGGGACGUAACACCUGGUCCUUCCUGCACACUAUGGCAGCGUAUUACCCAGACAAUCCAUCUGCCACACAGCAGCAAGAGAUGGGGCAUUUCAUCAACCUUUUCUCCAAGUUCUUCCCCUGUGAUGAAUGUGCAGAAGACCUCAGGAACAGAUUAAAAUCUAAUCAGCCAGACACCAAGAGCCGCCACGCUCUCUCUCAGUGGCUCUGCCGAAUCCACAAUGACAUCAACGUACGGCUGGGGAAGCCAGAGUUUGACUGCUCCAGAGUGGACGAGAGGUGGAGGGAUGGAUGGAAAGACGGCUCCUGUGACUGAGAUGUGAGGACUGAGCUGAGACUGGAAGGGUGAAAUAGACCCCCCUCUUCUGUUUUUGGUACACUGUGUGAAGAUCUUUAUGUGUAUGUGUUUCAUUUGAAUGUCUGUUUUUGUUUUGCUUUGUGGAUAUUCAUGUAAUUGUCCUGCUGAUGCAAUUAAAGAUACAAAACAACAAAGUAACAGGCUAUUUUCCUCAGGUUUGAUGAAAAUCUGUAAAAAUUCUACAUAAAAUUUAUGAAACACAAACCAAUUCUUUGAUAAAUUUAGCUUUUGGGGUUGUAGUUCAUAAAGUCACUGUGAUUUUUCUGAUAAGAAAAAGGAAUUCUUUAAAAAUGUGUUUCCUGGUUGGUUAUAUUAGUUUCCCUCAGGAUUAAUAAAGUAAUUAUCCAUCAAUAUAAAGUUUGUAGGGCAAGAAAUUUAAGAUGAAUCUUGAUCAUAAAAAUAUACAUUACAUAGAAAUGAUAUUUUACUUUAUUCUUAAAUGUAUCCAAAAGAAUUAUGAGAACUAAAAUGGAAAAACUGCUAAAAAGCAACGCACAGGGGAAAGAGUGUACUUCUACAUGAUAUUCUAAUGUUUAAGAUGGACCCGUGUAACCACACUGGUUGUCUGUUUUUGGUUUGUUUUAUGUGGAGUACUUUAACAUGUUUGCUGACAUGAACAUUUGUGUUACUUUUGGAUUACAGCUCUGAUUAUUUGAUCAUUUGAUAUUUAAAAUAAAUCAAUUUUGUUGA